AUGGAAUUUCAGCUUCAAUUCGAAAAGCUCAGGGAUCACAUGGUAGAAGAGAUGGCCAAAAUGACGGCCCGGUUGACCGAAGAACUGUCGCAAGCGCGAGAGCAACUCACCCAAGCCCGCCGCGAGCUCGAGGACACCAGACUGCAGCUCCACACCAUGAACCAGGCUCAGGAAGCCCCUCUUGCUCGGCCGGCGUAUGCGGAUGUCGCCCGAUGUACACCUCCUACCAGCGGUCCUAGUCUGGCAUCCUCCGCAAGCCGGACGGCUACGCCAGAGCCAGCGUUCUGCACGGUAGACAUGACCAGGGUACCGGAGGAACACAUCGAAGAGGCUACACCAGUGGCUCUUCGCAAACUCAUCGAGAACGAGAUGCGAGCGCCGGGAGACCAACCCAAAUGGCGUUUUGGCAGGAACGAAGCGGAAGUAAAGAGAAUCAAGGACAUCAUCGAAGCGAAGAAGGCGCCGGGUGCACACGUCCUACGUGACCAGCUGUACCCAGUCAAAAUUGACAACGUCAACCGUACGGCCGUUCUCGACCCUGAAGGCAAAGUACUCCCCGGAGCGGCGGAAACCCUGGGCCGAGAGAACGACGUGCAGAUCGCCAAGUUGGCUUGGUUGAGCCGGAAGGACACUGCGAAAGCGUAUGGAUCGAUGGUGGUAUAUAUCACCAAAGCCGGCGAUGCUAAGAGGCUCAUCAAUGAGGGUUUCUUCCACGCGAGAGGCGAAUCGGGAUACACGGGAAUCUUCGAACGUCGGGCGCGGCCGAACCAAUGCUACAACUGCCAGCAGAUUGGCCACAAAGCUUUCCAGUGCAGGAACCCUCAAGUGUGUGGAAUGUGCGCUAGUGAGGGCCACCGUCACAGCGAGUGCUCAGCAGCUAUACCGAAAAAGCAAGGGGAGGUGCAUGAUAGUUUGAUGAACGACGUGGCAAUCCAGGACGCUGCCGUCAUAGCCAUUCAGGAACCCCAGGCGCGGAGGAUCCAAGGACGGCUUCUGACGACCCCUAUGGAGCAUCACAAAUGGACCAAGAUGAUCCCGUGCACGUUGAAGGAAGGUAGAUGGGCUAUCCGGAGCAUGCUCUGGGUGAACAAAAUCGUGGAAGCCGAGCAGGUGGCAGUGGACUCCCCGGACAUCACGGCAGCAGUCAUACGGCUCCCGGAGCGCGUAGUCCUGGUCGCGUCCGUCUACGUACCGUGUGGGGACGGCGAGGCACUAAAAGACACCUGCGAGAACCUCUCGCAGGGUGGUAGCAAAGGCGAAACGGGGCUCUUCGAUAUUGAGGUACCUGUGCCGACGCACCACGACCGACUGCUUCUCAAGAACGCGCCAUGGAAAGACAUCAGAGCCAAAAUUGCAAAUACACUAGGGGACACCCCAGCGGAGGGGACAGUCCAGCAGAGAACGGACCGCCUGAUGUCCACUGUCUCAGGCGCGGUUCAUUCCCUCACUCCCAAAGCCCGGCCAUCGCCAUACGCAAAGCGAUGGUGGACUACGGACCUGACGCAGCUACGUCACAUCUACACGCACUGGAGGAACCGCGCUCGCUCGGAACGCCGGGCAGGUUGGACCACAGCCGAGAUUGAGGAAUUGGCAAAGGGUGCAGCAAAACAGUACCACGAUGCCAUCCGGCAGCAGAAGAAGAAGCACUGGGCCGAGUUCCUUGCGGACAACGACAACAUUUGGAAGGCUGCAAAGUAUCUAAAAUCCGGAGAUGAUACCACGUUUGGAAGGAUCCCGCAACUUGUUAGAGCAGAUGGUACAUCCACGGCCGAUCAUAGAGAACAGGCCGAAGAGCUCCUAACAAGAUUCUUCCCGGCCUUGCCCGAUACGAUCGACGAUGAAGGUCCAAGACCACAGAGGGCACCCAUCAUGACGCCUAUCCUUACGAUGGAGGAAGUCGAACGACAGCUGUUCGCAACGAAGUCCUGGAAGGCACCAGGGGAGGACGGUUUGCCGGCAGUGGUGUGGAAGGAAGUCUGGCAGGUGGUCAAGCACCAUGUACUGGCGCUCUUCCGUGCCUCACUGGAGGACGGGGCCCUUCCCAGCCAGUGGCGACAUGCUAAUAUCAUCCCGCUCAAGAAACCGGGCAAAAAGGACUACACCAUCGCAAAGGCGUGGAGACCAAUCUCCCUCCUAGCAACGCUGGGCAAAGCGCUGGAGUCGGUGAUCGCGGAACGGCUGUCCCACGCCGUGGAGACCUACGGCCUCCUGCCCACCAACCACUUCGGCGCGCGGAAGCAGCGAUCAGCAGAGCAGGCGCUGGUCAACGGGCAUGCUGCAGAACGACGGGACCUCCCACAGGCUGGCCUGCCCCAAGGCUCGCCCCUCUCCCCUAUCUUGUUCCUCUUUUUCAACGCGGAUCUGGUCCAGCGAAAGAUCGAUAGCAACGGUGGUGCAAUAGCCUUUGUCGAUGACUUUACCGCCUGGGUCACAGGACCGACGGCACAAAGCACACGCAAGGGCAUCGAAGCAAUCAUCGACCAAGCACUAGACUGGGAAAAGAGAAGCGGAGCGACAUUUGAAGCAGACAAGACAGCCGUCAUCCACUUUACCCGCAAGGCCUAUAAAGCCAACUCGGAGCCCUUUACUGAUCAAUUGGGUCAAGAUGUUCAGCCGAAAGACCACGUUAAGAUCCUUGGAGUGGUCAUGGAUGCCAAGCUCAGGUAUAAGGAGCAUAUCGCAAGAGCGGCCUCCAAAGGGCUCAGCGCGGCGAUGGAGCUGAAACGGCUCAGUGGUCUAUCCCCGGCUACGGCGCGGCAGCUGUUCACCGCCAUGGUCGCGCCAGUGGUGGACUACGCAUCCAGCGUCUGGAUGCACCAAUGCAAUUGGAAGACCGUGCCGGCCAUACACAGGGUGCAGAGGGUCGCGGCGCAAGGGAUCAUAGGAACGUUCAGCACGGUAGCAACACGCGUAGCAGAAGCAGAUGCUCACAUCCCCACGGCUCAAGAUCGAUUCUGGAAGAGGGCGAUCAAGAUGUGGACGGACAUCCACACCCUACCAGAGACGAAUCCACUCCGCAACACCACUUCCCGGAUGCGCAAGUUCCGGAGAUCCUACCGCUCCCCUUUCUUUCAAGUAGCAGAUCUCCUCAAGGACGUCCCAUUGGACAGCCUCGAAACCAUCGCUCCCGUCGUAUUAGCGCCAUGGGAGAGGCGAGUCCGCACUACGGUUGACAGAACGGGCAUCCAGCAAAAAAAGACAGAGUGGGCGGUCCGGAUCGCCGUAAGCAGCUCCGCACGAAACAACAUGGUCGGGAUCGGAGGAGUCGUCCGUCUCCCGCUGCCGAUGCGAGAUGGCUCAAGGAACGAAGCCUUUAGUGUGACGCUGGGCUCCAGGUCGGAGCAAAACCUCGUUCUCAGGCGAGCUUGCGGCUAUUGGGCGUACGAUGCGAUAAGUGCCUUACGCAAGGCGGGAAACACGAUCUCGGUCGUCUGGAUCCAAGCGGGUACCAAAAACGAGCUCCUGAACACAGCCAAAGCGAAAGCAAAGGAAGCAACACGGCAGGACGCUACGCCACAAACGCAGGAUCCUGCCAUGCGGUCAACAGCCCUCCGUAUUGCAUGGGCAAAGCGGGCACCGCCCACGUCCUUACCUGACAAAGUGGGCAGACAUUCCAAGAGAGUCGAUAUAGCGUUACCAGGGAAGCACACCCAACUAUUAUACGACCACCUGUCCCGAAGCGAGGCCGGCGUGCUUGCUCAGCUUAGAACAGGCAUGGCCAAGCUCAACACAUACCUGCAUCGCAUCAAAGCAGCACCGUCAGACCAGUGUACGUGUGGACAAGCCAGAGAGACAGUGGACCACUUCCUCUUCCGAUGCAAGCAAUGGGAUCAACACCGUAGGGAGAUGCUGCAAUGUACGGAUGUCCACAGGGGGAACCUCUCCUUCUACCUGGGAGGAAAGUCGCCCUCGGAUGACAAGGACUGGUCCCCCAACAUGCGGGCGGUGCGGGCGACGAUACGUUUUGCCAUUGCCACAGGUCGUCUGAGGACUGAACAACAACAGAAUGAAGCAAACUAA